AUGGCGUUUCUGUGGGUGGCCAUCUGCCUGGCUCUCCUUGGCAGCUCUUAUGGCUGCGGGAUCCCGAUCAUUAGUCCCGCUGUCGACUCCUCCCAGCGGAUUGUGAACGGAGAGAACUCAUUGCCUGGCUCCUGGCCCUGGCAAGUGUCCUUGAAGGACAGAAGCAGCGGAGGGCACUUCUGUGGCGGUUCCCUCAUCAACCAGUACUGGGCGGUCACGGCUGCCCACUGCAACGUGAGCCCAAGCCGCCACGUUGUUGUCCUUGGACAAUAUGACAUGUCCUCCAACUCCGAGCCCAUUCAGGUCAAGACCAUCUCCAGGGCCAUCACUCACCCAGGCUGGAACCCCAACACGUUCAACAAUGACAUCACCCUACUGAAACUCUCCUCCCCCGCCCAGCUGACCACCUACGUCUCCCCUGUCUGCCUGGCCUCCCCGACUGAGGCCCUCCCCCAGGGGAUCACCUGUGUCACCACGGGUUGGGGUCGCAUCAGUGGCAUAGGUAACAUCGUCCCCAAUCGUCUGCAGCAGGUGGCUCUGCCCCUGGUGACCGUGAACCAGUGCAAGACGUACUGGGGGAACCGCAUCACUGACUCCAUGAUCUGUGCUGGCGGCCAAGGAGCCUCCUCCUGCCAGGGUGACUCUGGUGGCCCCCUCGUGUGCCUGAAGGGGAACUCGUGGGUCCUCAUUGGAAUAGUCUCCUGGGGAACCUCCAACUGUGAUGUGAGAUCACCUGCCAUGUACACCCGUGUCAGCUUGUUCAGUACCUGGAUCAGCCAGGUUGUGGCCAGCAACUGA